GUUUCCACACGGAGGACUUAGUGUACCGGUCACAAUAAUGCUCCUGCCGGUGGUUGUGUCGGUGGUUCUGCUCUUCUGUGUGUGGAUGAAAUGGGCUUUCCGCGCACACCGGCGGCGGAUGGACUGGUGUCUGCGGAGGUUCGGUUCUGCCGGUGCGGAGGUUCGGGUUCUGGUGGUGACGGCGCAUCCGGAUGACGAGUGUAUGUUCUUUGGACCGAGCAUCAUCCGGUUAACGGAAGAGAAGGCAGAGGUCCACCUGCUGUGUCUGUCUGAAGGAAACUACUACAACCAGGGCUCCCAGAGGAGGGAGGAGCUACUGAACAGCUGUUCACUGUUGGGGAUCCCACAGUCCAGAGUCACCCUGGUGGACCACAGAAGCCUCCCUGAUGACCCCACAGCAGAAUGGAGCAUCUCCUUGGUUUCGUCUCUAAUCUCCAAACACAUAAAGGCUCAUUCCUUCAACAUGGUGCUGACCUUUGACAGUGCUGGAGUCAGUGGUCAUUCCAAUCAUGUGUCCAUCUUUAAAGCUGUCAGUCACCUGGCCUCCAGCGGACACGUCCCAGAUGACUGUUGUUUACUGUCUCUGGACACCGUUGGACUCUUCAGGAAGUACGUCUCCGUCCUGGACCUUCCUCUCAGCUGGACCCUGUCCUCCAGUCUCUGCGUCUUCAGUGGGUUAUGGGGAUACCGGCGAGCCAGGGACGCCAUGCUGUGCCACCGCUCUCAGCUGCUGUGGUUUCGUCACCUCUACAUGGUGUUUUCACGCUACAUGUUUGUCAACACAUUCCAGAUGAUCCCACGAGGACCGAGAAACCUGAGGAUCUACUAGGACCGUGUCCUCUGACGGACACGAGACCCUGGACAGAUUGGACACAGAGACGUUUAAGUGGCUGUUGGAGCCUCAGUCAUUUCCACAGACACUUUUCAACUGGUUCAACAUGUGGCCUUGGUUCUGACUUCAGUCUGGGCUGUUGGUUCAGGUUCUACAUUCAGACCCAUGUGACCUGAAGUGGGUCAGAACCAGGAUGAGAAGAACACAAGAACAGAACUACCCAAAUGUCUGAUCUUUGCGUAAGUGUGAAAAAAAGUCCCAUGUAUUAUGUUAUCAGCUAAAAUUUCCUUAGGAGGUCAAAUGAGUGUCCAUUUGUGUCCAAAACAGUUGUCCUAAAGUCACAGAAGUGUGUGUAA